UUAUAUAUAUAGGUUACUAAGUUGCUUGGUUAUCUCCUGAAUCUUUCAGAUGAAGAAGUGGAACUCUUGGGAAGAAGAGACUAAAACUCUGGAAUUCCAGUUAUCAAAUGAUCCUCGUAGGUUUAAGCUCACCCGACAGACAUCCUUUGGAAGAAGGCAUCUGAAGUUCUGGAGUAAAUACAGAUUGCUUCUCUGGCUAGUUUGCUUUGUUCGGCAAUUCACUGGUUCGGUAUCCAAAGCUGAUUAUUUUGCUCUUCGGCAUGGUUUCGUUGCAGUUCACUUUCCUCAGGACCACAGCAAGUUUGAUUUCCGCAAGUUUCUUCGGAGAUCACUUGAUCAUGACUUUGUGGUUACUGUCAGGAUAAGCUUUUGGAUAUGGCUAUGCGUUAUCUUCUUCAUUUUCUUCCAUGCACAUGGAUUCUAUAACCACUAUUGGCUUCCUUUUAUUCCCUUGGUGGCUCUUUUGGUUGUAGGAACGAAGCUAGAGGUCAUCAUAACCAAAAUGUGCUUAAAGAGCAGUGAACAGAUUGCGGUUGUUCCAGGGAGAGUAUGUGUGAAGCCUGAUGAUAACUUAUUCUGGUUUGGCCAACCCCAAUUGCUAUUGCAUCUCAUUCAAUUCAUCCUGAUUCAGGUGGAUUAUUAUAAGAAAAUAUUUAGAGAUCAAAAGUUACUUCCCUGUUACAACCAAUACAUAGCCUGAUGAUAUUAAAGAGAACAAGAAGUUACAUCAAGUUUGAUAGAGAUAUUUAGCACAAAAAACUUUUGAACUUGCCAAUUUGUUAUUUUUUGGUUUAAAGCACUCAGAUAGGCUACUGCUCUUUUCCACCAUUGUAGUUACCCUACUGACUUGGAUUGUUGGCCGAUUGCAGAACUCCUUGCAGCUUGCAUUCUUCACAUGGACAUGGGUGAGUCCGCAAUGCAGUACAAUACUCAUCAUUAAGGAUGUGACUGUAUCAAAACCAUUCUAACUUGCUUGCAAUCCAGUACAAUUUUGGACUCUGGUCCUGUUUCCAUAACAACGUGGAGGAUGUCGUCUUAAGUAUCGGCUUCGGCAUUAUAGUUCAGUUCUUCUGCGCCUAUGUUACUCUUCCACUAUAUGCAUUAGUCACCCAGGUAGAGAUACUAAUACAUAAGCAGAACCGCAAGCUUUCCUGCAUGGCUCUUCUUGUUCACUGGUUGCAUCUCUUCUGGUCAGAUGGGCUCUUCGAUGAAAGAAACAAUCUUCACAGACCGCAUCAUUGAUGGCCUGAAGAACUGGCACAGGACAGCAAAGAAGAACCUGGCCAAGCAGAGAUCGCUUUCCCCAAGCCCUUCAGCAGCACCCUCACCUUCUUUCCCAACUGUAUGUUCUUCAUCUCAGAGACCCACAGCAGCGGCACCCUGCUUACCUUCUCUACCUUGUCUCCCAACCAAAGCUCCAUCAUCUUAUAGCAACACGGCAAUGGGAUCCUCGGCACCUUCUCACCCAGCAAAAGCUCCAACGUCUACUAGGCAUGCGGCAGCAACUUCCUCAUUAACUUUUCUACCAGCCAAAGCUUUGCCAUCCUACAGGCACAAAGCAAUGGCACCCUCCUCACCGUCUCUCCCAACUAAAGCUUCAUCAUCCUACAGGCCCACCACACGGGAGACAGAAUUCAAGUAUCCCUCAGGAAGGCUAGAACUUUUGGAAGUCCAGAAAGUGGUAGAAGAGAUCAUUCAAUAUGGUGCCAUGCCCAAUGAUGGUGAGAUUUCUUUCGGAUUGUGGAGGCGGCAAAGCAGUGAGCUCUCUACAAGGAGUCGGCAGUCAAAGUGAACUGCUUGAGCUCACUUGGACGGCCUCCUGAUUUUAUAGAACUUCCAAUGCUGGAAGCCCAAGCUUCCAAAGGAAAUUGCUAAUCUGAGACAGAUUCAUAUGGUAGUUCAGAUGUUCCGUGUAGGAAAAUACUGUUGGCAUUUCAUUGUUUUUCUCUAAAAACUGCUUUAAGAUGAGUUGUAAAAAGAGUCUCAGCCUUUCAUUUUUGCUGUACAAUAUUGAGGCAGUAUCAUGUGUAUCAAAGCCACCAAGGCAUUUAUAA